GGUUUGCUACGUGCUGCAGAAUGCAGAAAGCCUUUAAAAUGAAGGGCAAUCAAGGAACAAUCUGCAGUAUGGAGAGAGAAUUUUUAUAUGAAUUCGGUGCUGGAAAUCAGCAUUUUGUGCUCCGAGUUCCUUUGAAAUUCCCAGUGAAAGAAAAUGCUAGUCAUUUGCUUGAGCGUCUAAUGCUUCUUCAUAACUUGCCAUGCUUCGUAGAAAAUGAUUUAAAAGAAUCCCUUAACAGAUUCAUUGAAGAGAAAUCUAUACAGUCUUAUGAUAGAGAAGCAGAAGGAGUCCUAGAAGCUGUAAAAUCUGGUAAAGUAGAUUUGCACCAGCUGGCAAAUACUUGGGCUAAAACUUAUAUUGAGGCAACUUUGGAGCAUGCACAGCCUGAAGACCCCAGCUGGGAUGAAGAUUUUGCAGAUGUCUAUCAUGAUUUGAUUCAUUCUCCUGCUUCUGAAACUUUAUUAAACCUGGAACAUAAUUAUUUUGUUAGCAUCUCAGAAUCAAUAAGUGAAAGAGAUGUGGAACUGAAAAAAUUACAUGAAAGGCAAGGCGCUGAAAUGGAUAAGGUGAUGCAAGAAUUGGGAAAGUCAUUAACAGAUCAAGAUGUAAACAUAUUGGCAGCUCAGCACUUUGAAUCCCAGCAGGUGCUGGAGAACAAGUGGAGCAAUGAACUGAAACAAACUACAGCAAUCCAGAAACAGGAGUAUCAGGAAUGGGUGAUAAAACUUCAUGAGGAUCUAAAACAUCCCAACAGCACUAUUGGUGAUGAAAUAAAAGUUCAACCUAAUCAGUGGCGGGAAUCUUUAGAAGGAAAUGGAAGCCUUUUUGAAGAGCAGAGGCAGUUGGAAGAAAGCUUCACUAUCCAUUUGGGAGCACAAUUGAAAACGAUGCAUAAUCUGAGACUACUGAGGGCAGACAUGCUGGACUUCUGCAAGCACAAGCGCCAUCAGCGCAGCGGAGUCAAACUCCACAGGCUCCAAACUGCACUGUCACUUUAUUCAACUUCUCUUUGUGGUCUGGUCUUGCUAGUGGAUAAUCGCAUCAGUUCAUACAGCGGGAUCAAAAGAGAUUUUGCAACAGUUUGUCAAGAGUGCACAGACUUCCACUUUCCUGGGAUUCAGGAGCAGCUUGAAGUUGUUCAGCAGGUUGUACUUUAUGCCCGAGCACAGCGGCACCAUAAGUGCAAAGGACUAAACGGAAACAGAAAUAGUAGCAGUGAAGAAACGUCUAAAAAUACUGAACAACACCUAUUAAAUAUUUUGCCUGGUGAAUUUUACAUCACUCGCCAUUCAAAUCUCUCUGAAAUUCAUGUUACUUUUCACCUCUGUGUGGAUGAUAAUGUGAGAUCGGGUAAUAUUUCUGCCCGGGAUCCUGCAAUAAUGGGCCUCCGGAAUAUCCUCAAAGUGUGUUGCACACAUGACAUUACUACAGUUAGUAUUCCUCUCCUGCUGGUACAUGCUAUGUCUGAGGAAAUGACUAUAUCUUGGUGUCUAAAAAGAGCAGAACUCGUAUUUAAGUGUGUAAAAGGAUUCAUGAUGGAAAUGGCUUCAUGGGAUGGAGGGAUUUCUCGAACUGUACAAUUCCUGGUACCACAGAGUAUUUCUGAAGACAUGUUUUACCAGCUGAGUAAUAUGUUGCCACAAAUUUUCCGUGUCUCAUCUACACUCACUCUGACAUCCAAACAUUAAGCUCACUUUAAUACUUCGAGAAUGAACUGUAGGAAGACGACACUGGAUUCCUUUAAAUACAUUAAACACCUCUUCAUUAAUCAAAGGUUGAAUGUGAUUAUUGUGGAAGUUCCUAAUAAAAAAUUGGGAUCCAAAAA